UCAGAAUUAAAGAACCCGUGAUUACGCAGAGACACACGGCCACGCCUCUUUCACUGAUUUCUGUUUCCGCCUUCCUCUCCUUCUCUUCUGCUAGUUGAAAAAUCCCUGAGAAUCUAGAUCAGAUGGAAGAAGAAGACGAGAACCCACCUCUUGCAGUUGAAAUCGAAGACAUCAUCAAGCAGAGUCCAUCUGAAUUUCUAGAAAAUCAACCUAAUUCAAGCCAAGAUCCGGUCGGCGUUACCGUCAUUACCGGUUAUCUCGGUUCCGGAAAAUCUACUUUAGUUAAUUUCAUCCUGAACGGCCAACAUGGGAAGAAAAUUGCUGUGAUAUUGAAUGAGUUUGGUGAGGAACUCGGAGUUGAGAGAGCGAUGAUUAAUGAGGGAGAAGGCGGGAUGCUUGUUGAAGAAUGGGUAGAGCUGGCAAAUGGGUGUGUUUGCUGUACUGUCAAGCACAGUUUGGUUCAAGCACUUGAGCAACUGAUACAGAGGAAAGAAAGACUUGAUCAUAUAUUGCUAGAGACCACCGGAUUGGCCAAUCCUGCUCCUCUUGCAUCUGUUCUUUGGUUGGAUGAUCAACUUGAAUCAUCGGUCAAGCUCGAUUCUAUAAUUACUGUAGUGGAUGCGAAAAACCUUCGACUGCAGCUUGUUGAGCAUCAUGACGCGGCUUCAUUUCCUGAAGCAUUUCUUCAAAUUACAUUUGCGGAUGUGGUAAUUCUUAACAAGGUUGACUUGGUUUCACCAAAGGAUUCUGGAUCUAUGAGAUCAAUUGUUCUAGAAGACUUGGAGAAGGAGAUUCGUAACAUCAAUUCCCUUGCUAAAAUUAUUCAUUCCGUCCGAUGCCAAGUUGAUUUAUGUGAGAUAUUGGAUCUCCGGGCUUAUGAUGCUAGGCAUGUAGCUCACCUGGAGGGAUUAUUAAAAGAGAGCCAAUUUGUAUCCAGUCAGAGUCGUCAUGACAGUAGUGUGCGAACCUUGUGCAUUUGCGAGCAGGAACAAGUCGACCUUGAUAAGGUCCGAUUAUGGCUUGAGGAUAUUCUUUGGGAGAAGAAAUAUAAUAUGGACAUCUAUCGCUGCAAAGGUGUUCUGAGUGUCCAUAACUCGGAUGACCUCCAUACUAUACAGGCUGUGAGGGAGAUAUAUGAGGUUGUUCCAGCUCGCAGAUGGCAGCAGGAGAAUCGAAUGAACAAGAUAGUUUUCAUAGGGCGAAAUCUGGAUGAGGACACUCUCAGGGAUACCUUCCGGGAUUGUGUAUUUCCUUCAAGUUGACACACUGUUCAGUUAUAGUAAAGGUACAUGAAUAUUGGGGCCCCUUUGGACACAUCCUCAACGGGUAGUUUCUGAAAAGGGGGGUCUAAGGUUGCUUUUUUUAUUUUUAUUUUUGGUUGAGCCUUCUUGGUUGAAGUUAAUGCCUACUUUGUCUAGCGGAAGGCAAGACGGGUUCAUAAAUAGACAUCCAAAUGCACAUCAUCAAGUGCCAUAUUGGAUCAAAAUGGGAUUUAGACCUUAAAUGCACUUUCUGAGGGUGCGUCCAAACUGGUUCUUGAUGUCUUCCAGUUGAGCUUCUUUCUUCUUUUA